CAGUGCAAGAAGAAGUUCUCGUUAAAAUGUUCCUGUGGCUUUCAAUUCUCGGCGCGCAAUUUAUUGCUAUUUACGCUGAUAAUUCAAUAAACAACGGACUCGAUGUUAUGACUAGACAAUCGAUUUACUACGACGUCCAGUCGAAAUCUCCACUGAUGGCAGAACUCGAGAGUUCUAGAUUUCCAACGAAUUCUGUUAGAUUUGUAUCCAGGGGAUUACCCUGUUCCUGUCAGGAUCUCACCUGUGGCUGUUGCGCUGGGAUUGACCUUGCCGUCUUCAACUUCACCAAGACAACCUGCAUGGAAUUUGUGGCCCUACCUGAGGAAUUCGCGAUUGACAUGCGAUUGAUAAUCGACGGGGAACGAGUCUUUGAGAAUCGACUGAGCGCGCGGAACCCACCCCCAGUGUGCGUUCCUCUCUACGCUGUACCAAUCGUCUCCUUCUGCGUCAGAUUCUUCGACAUCCGUCUUGUGGAAUCUACCCUCAGCACUUGCCUAGAUUUUGAAACAAAAGUUGCUCAGUGGCCGAUAUUUAUUCUCCAUUUCGAUUGCGUCCGCGUCGGAGGCACCGGAAUUUCCUGGGUGAGACCGAACGCCACGAGUUUCGCCCUGCCGACGAUCGCCGACGUUGAAAUCUAUGACGAAGUCGCCUUCAACCCAGAGGACAUCGACAUCAGUAAUACCACUUCCGCCUUGACCCCGGAAGAGGACAAAAUAGGAACUCUCAAGCUCUGAUUCUUUUUAUUCCCAAAAUAUUCGUUCGCCACGCAACAACUUGCAAUUCCUUGGAGUUCCACUCGAACUUGAUAUUCAUGAAAGUGAUAAUAUUAUAUUUAUAUUGUUAUUUAUUUAUAAUUGUUGUGAUCUACCUUCAAAAAAGUCAAUCAACAUUUAUUUUCAUGAUUUUUGUCAUAAAAUAUUGAAUUUAAAAAGGCAAAGUUCCUUGGAAUUCCUGUGGAACUUAGACUUUCUGAAGUAAUAAUAUAUUUAUAAAGUUGUUAUUAAUUACAAUCACCAUGUCCUGGAUUUAAUUAAAGAA